AUCCUUUACCCUCCAAUUUAAAAUCUUACCCAAUUUUACCCUUCUAAUCUUUUAUCCCUUUUGAGGUUAUGUAGUUGAUUUUUAUCAUUAAUUUGUGAAACCGCCCACUUUAUGGAGAUUUUAAACAAAUAUUCUAUCGCAAGUGUUCCAAAGAAGUUUCUAGAGUUCGAGAAAUGGAAUUUGCUGAGUUUAUAUCAAUACCAAAAUUAGAUGGUGUGAUUUUGCAUAGUCCUUUCUGUACGAAAUUUAAUGGAACGCUCUGUAUUACGGGUCAUCAUAUUAUUUUGAGCUCGAGACAAGAAGGAGCUGAAGAAUUAUGGAUUCUUCAUAAAUGCAUCGACCAUGUGGACAAGAAACUGAACAUGGUGAACAACGUACACAGAGGCGGAACAAUAAUUAUCAAGUGCAAAGAUUUUAGAAUAAUACAACUCGAAAUAGCCACAACGCCUGAAUUCAACGCUAUUUAUACUACUAUAGAUAAAAUACAUUUUUUAGAUGACAUCCCGCAGUCUUACCCAUUUUUUUAUCGCCCUAUGUAUAAUAUAUUAGAAGACGGGUAUACACUUUUUAGGCCUGAAACCGAAUAUGCAAAAGUGUUAUCAAGUGACGAUUGGCGACUGAGUUUUGUAAAUAAAGAUUUUUCAAUUUGUCCAACUUAUGGAUCGAUAGUCGUAGUACCUAGACGAGUUAGUGAUGAAGUCCUGAUAGCGUCUGCUUUGUUUAGAGACGGUGGACGGUUUCCUGUUUUUAGUUAUAAACAUGAAAAUGGGGCUGUGUUACUUAGAAGUUCCCAACCACUAGUGGGUUCAAACCUAAGAAGGUGUAGACAAGACGAAUUAAUUCUAAAUUCGAUCCUGUUUUUCGAUAAAAGAGGCUACAUAAUCGAUACGAGAUCUACGAAUCUUUUGAGUCAUUGCAAAAGCAAAGGCGGAGGCAGUGAACCCGAUCAGCAUUACACGCAAUGGAAGAAACUACAUAGACCUUUGGAUAAAGUCUCUCAUGGGUUGCUGGAGUCUCUUACUAAGUUAGUUGAAGCUUGUAAUGACACCGGAUGCAGUUCUGAUAAAUGGAUAUCCCGAUUAGAAUCCUCAGGCUGGUUAGGACAUGUCCUUAGCACAUUAUCGGUAUCAUGUUUAGUAGCCCAAUGUUUAGAAUUAGAAGGUUGUCCUGUUUUGGUACACGGCACCAAAGGAAUGGACUCCACAUUACUGGUCACUAGUUUAACACAAAUCAUUUUGAAUCCUGAUUGUCGAACCGUCAGGGGUCUCCAAGCUCUCAUAGAAAGAGAAUGGGUCCAAGCCGGUUACCCGUUUACAACCAGGCAUAGGUUUUCUUGUUACAGCAACAGUCAGGAUGGUAGAAAUAAACAAAACAAUGCGACGUUUUUGCUGUUUUUAGAUUGUGUUCAUCAAAUACACAAACAGUUCAGUUUGAGCUUUGAAUUUACAAUCGAUUACCUGAUUGAGCUGUUUGAGCAGAGUUAUUUUAGCCAGUAUGGUACUUUCCUCGGCGAUUGCGAAAAAGAACGACAAUUCUUCAAGCUAUUCACAAGAACCACAAGUCUCUGGUCCUAUUUAAACAGACCAGACAUCAUCGUAAAAUAUCUGAAUCCGGUUUACGAGCCAAAUUCGCACAUAAUUUGGCCAUCGGUGGCACCAGUAAGUAUUGUACUUUGGAGAGAAUUAUUUUUAAGAUGGGUGGUCGACCAAAAACAUCAGAAAUUUGCCGGAGAGAUUAUUAAAAAUAUCGUCGCCGAAGAUAAAGAGAUCCGGAGCCUUACUGUUAAAUUGAGGAAAUCGGCGCUGGAUUUGUAUAAGGGACUGCAAAGUACAAAAACGAGUACAACUUCGGGGAAUGAUUGAUCUUUUGUUUUUUGCCAGGUAGUAGGAAUUUUUAUAAAUUUUUUAUUAAGUUUUAUUAUUUUUAGUUAAUGUUUGUUAUGUCGAAUUUUAAGUGUGGGGUUAUGUAAAAUUGAUUUGCUACGGUCAAAUAUUUUGUUGAAGAUGCAGAUCCGGAUGUUAAAAUAUUAUUAAAUUUUAUUAUCCAUAUUUAGCGGCCGAUUCUG